CUUGAAUCUUGAGGCCCCGCCAACUUUCAGCAUCUUCAAACGACGUAUUCGCAAUGGCCGCUGAACAGAGAAAGCUGCUCGAGCAGCUUAUGGGCGCAUCUUCAACAUCGCGCGCCGCUCAACUAUCGCUCACCGACCCUAAAGUCUGUCGAUCAUAUCUCGCAGGCACCUGUCCACACGAUCUCUUCACAAACACAAAGCAGGAUAUUGGACCGUGUCCGAAGGUGCACAAUGAAGGGUUGAAAGCGGAGUACGAUGGUCUAUCGGAUCGGGAGAAGCAGAAAUACGGAUUUGAGUACGACUAUAUGCGCGAUCUGCAAAAGUAUAUCGAUGACUGUAAUCGCCGAAUCGAUGCUGCACAGAGACGAUUGGAGAAGACACCUGAUGAGAUUCGUCAGACCAAUGUUCUGCUCAAAUCUAUUUCCGACCUCACAGCUUCCAUCAACAACGGCCUUCUGGAAGUCGAAAUCCUAGGCUCAAUGGGCGAAGUCUCGCGCGCUCAAGACGAGCUCUUCCGCGUCCGUCAAGCCUCACAAUCCAAAUCCGACCGCGAAAAGGAACUCAAAGCCCUCUCCGACACAUCUGGUCCCUCAGGCCACCAGAAGCUACAAGUCUGCGAUGUUUGUGGUGCCUACCUCAGUCGACUCGACAAUGACAGACGCCUGGCCGAUCACUUCUACGGAAAGAUGCAUCUGGGAUAUGCACAGAUGAGGAAGACGUACGAUGCUUUCCCUAAGGAGAUGAAGGGCCGAUCGAGGGCGCCUAUGGAUGAUGAUGGACCUGGUGGACCCCGAGGACCUCGAGGUUCAGGAUAUAGGAGCGGCCGCGGCGGAAGGGGAUACCGUGGAGGAUGGUAAUCAAUGUGUAAUUAUUUAUUGGGAUGUUCAGGCGUUUGGCGCUGUGUAUAAAAUGGACGGAAAUAAGAAUGAAAGAGUUGGCGGAGAGCAGGAUAAUACCCUUUCUAGAAAAGCAGCUCAGCGCCGAAAGGCAAAUAGAAAUGAGGAGAAGUCUUUCAAUCUCGCUUCGGCUUUCGAUGCUGUCUAACAAUGCUACCUAUGGUAUUUUUCCAACUCCGCUGUCAAGCUAUCCCUAGUCUUCCAUCUCUUUCAAUUUGUUCAUGACUUCUUGUUCAGCUCAUCAUACUCAUCCAUCUCUUCAUCCCACUUUCCACCAGUGGGUGGUGGCAGUGGUGGUGGAGGUCCAGCUGCUGCAGCCGCAAAAGCCGGCUUAUCGUUCGCUGGUGCCGGUGCGCUCUUCUUGACCUCACCGGGUAGAGCUGGGAAGUCUUCGGCUGCUGGGACGGCUUGUUUGACUGGUGCUGGUGGUGCGCCUUCAUGGCCACCGCGUCCGCCUCGGCCUCCUCGUCCUCCCCGACCACGACCUCUACCCCUUCCACCACGAUGUCGCUCGUCCAAGAAGCGAUCCACGUCAUGUUCCUCGUUAUCCUUUGAAGCGUAUCGACUUCCACCAAGACCGGAGCUUCUUGAUCCUCGAAUACCACCAUUUGCGCCGCGGAAACGUCGGUUUUCCUCCUCUUCAAGAGUAUCCUUGCCCUCAUCCCAUCCACCCUCCUUCAUACCCAUGGCCUUGAGUUUUCGCUCUCUGUUCUUAGCGCGCUCAUCAUCAAGUCUGCGCUUGUCCUCUUCGCCACGUUUACGUCGCUCAGCUUCCUCGGCGCGACGCUUCUUAGCCUCCUCCAUGCCGCGAGCAUACGCAGCAGCAUGAUCCUUCUCAUCCUUUUCGGCUUUCUCAAACUUGCGCGCCUUCUCUGCGUUAAGGAGCUUCAUCUUCUCCAUCUUGGCAGCGAGUUCUUCGUCCGUGAGCUUCUGUCGUGGGUUUGCGCCAGAUUGAAGACGAGCUGCAGAAUUGGCGGCGGUGUUUUGCGAACCAUGGGUGUUCUUCUCGCGAGGAGCAGUUGGAGCGUUAGGAGGUGCGUUGGAUGUCGGUUGGGGAGCUUGUUUUGCGGGCUUGGGAGGAGCUGGUUUAUCGGCAUAUCGUGACGAGGAGAGGCCAGCGGGUUUUGAGGCAGGGGCUGAGGGUGCGGGAGCUGGCGCUGACGCUGGCGCUGGUUUCUCUUGAGGAGCGGGGGGUUCCUGAACCGGUGCUACAGGUUCAGGCUGGGGUUCCGGUGCGGCUUCAGUAGUGACGACGGUCUCGCUCUCGACCGGUUCGAAGUCGUCGUAGAAGAGAUCAUCGUCAGUACGUCCUCCAAAUUGGUCAUCCAUGGCGGGCAGUUGUGGCUGCUUGUAGACAAGUUGAAACAGGACAAGAAAUGAUAUUCAAAAUAAUGCAAUUGGCCACGCAGAAGCUAGGCCGAGGAGUUGUCCAAAAGGGAGAGGGGGGCCUGGAGAGUUCAAGAGGGAUGAUGAAGUUCGCGAAACACCGAUACCCCGCGGAAUUCAGAGGGUCAUCG